AACAGGAGGCAGUGGCAGCAGCGCAGCUGGAACGCGCGUGCGCACGCGGGAAUCGAGGACCUCGGGCUCCCUUCUUGCCGCCGGGCAGCCGUCGUGAACCGUCGCCAUCGUCAUGGUGAAGAGCGUGGGCAGCCUGUCUGAAUUUGAGACAGAACUGAAGUCUGCUGGUGACAAGCUUGUAGUAGUUGACUUCUCUGCCACAUGGUGUGGACCAUGCAAAAUGAUCAAGCCAUUUUUCCAUAGUUUGUGUGAUAAAUUUGGGGAUGUGGUGUUCAUCGAAAUCGACGUGGAUGAUGCCCAGGAUGUUGCUACACAUUGUGAGGUGAAGUGCAUGCCAACAUUCCAGUUCUACAAGAACGGGAAAAUGGUGCAGGAAUUCUCUGGGGCCAAUAAAGAGAAGCUGGAAGAGACCAUUAAAAGUCUAGUCUAAUCUCCAGUCAUGGAGACAUUGGAGCAUGCCUGCUUCGGCUAAAUUAUAGCCUGUAACUUUUCUACUUAAAAAAAAAUCCAACCAAGCUAUCUAGGUUAAAUGGUGGAACCUUCUUGAUCUAUGUAAAUGAAUACAAUAAAGUGUAAAUUCUA